GUGCGCGUGCGUACUACGCGUUGGAGAGACCGGGUUAGACGGCCCGGCGCAGAGUUACGGUUCUCUGCGUGUGGUUAAAGUUUUGGCAAGCCAGCAGGUGUGCUAGCGGUCGGGAGGCCUCCCGGUGGAGGCGGGAGCAAGUUCGGAAGCGGCCGGGGCAGUAGUCGAAGGCAGGGCGCGGCAUGUCCCGGCUGCCGCCGUGCGGGCAGUGAAGCGCGCGGCGAGCGGGAUGGGCCGGCGCCGGGCGCCAGAGGUGUAUCGGGCCCCGUUUCCGUUGUACGCGCUUCAGGUGGACCCCAGCGCCGGGCUGCUCAUCGCUGCGGGCGGAGGCGGCGCCGCCAAGACGGGCAUAAAGAAUGGCGUGCACUUUCUGCAGCUAGAGCAGAUUAACGGGCGCUUGAGCGCCUCCUUGCUACACUCCCAUGACACGGAGACACGGGCCACCAUGAACUUGGCGCUGGCUGGUAACAUCCUGGCUGCAGGGCAGGAUGCCCACUGUCAGCUCCUGCGCUUCCAGACCCUUCAGCAGAAGGGCAAAAACAAGGCAGAGAAGGCAGGUUCCAAGGAGCAGAGGCCUCGACAAAGGAAGGGGGCAGCCCCAGCAGAGAAGAAAUCUGGAGCUGAAACCCACCAAGAGGGGGUAGAACUCAGUGUAGAGAAUUUGCAGGCAGUGCAGACAGACUUCAGCCCUGAUCCACUGCAGAAAGUCGUCUGCUUCAACCACGAUAGUACUCUGCUUGCCACUGGAGGGACAGAUGGCUAUGUUCGGGUCUGGAAGGUACCCAGCCUGGAGAAAGUGCUGGAGUUCAAAGCCCAUGAAGGGGAGAUUGAGGACCUGGCUGUGGGGCCUGAAGGCAAGUUGGUAACUGUGGGCUGGGACCUUAAGGCCUCCGUGUGGCAGAAGGAUCAGCUGGUGACACAGCUGCACUGGCAAGAGAAUGGACCCACCUUUUCUCACACGCCUUACCGCUACCAGGCCUGCAGGUUUGGGCAAGUUCCAGACCAGCCUGCUGGGUUGCGACUUUUCACAGUGCAGAUUCCCCAUAAGCGUCUGCGCCAGCCCCCACCCUGCUACCUCACGGCCUGGGAUGGCUCCACCUUCUUACCCCUUCGGACCAGGUCCUGUGGCCAUGAAGUCAUCUCCUGCCUUAGUGUCAGUGAAUCGGGCACCUUCCUAGGCCUGGGCACGGUCACUGGCUCUGUUGCCAUCUACAUAGCUUUCUCUCUCCAGCGCCUCUACUACGUGAAGGAGGCCCAUGGCAUUGUGGUGACAGAUGUGGCCUUUCUACCUGAGAAGGGUCGUGGUCCAGAGCUCCUUGGGUCCCACGAAACUGCCCUGUUCUCUGUGGCUGUGGAUAGUCGUUGCCAGCUGCACCUGCUGCCCUCACGGCGGAGUGUUCCUGUGUGGCUGCUGCUGCUGCUAUGUGUCGGGCUUAUUGUUAUGACCAUCCUGCUGCUCCAGAGUGCCUUUCCAGGUUUUCUUUAGCCUUCCUGUUACCAGGGAAUCAGGGGCCUGGACACUGCCGCCUUCUAGAUCAGAGUGGAGGCCUGUUUCCCACUGCUGACUCCACUUGGAUCCACAGCUCAGGUUACCUCUGAUGAGGCUGAUGGGCACUGCCUGCCCUUCCCAGUUAAAAUUUGGCUGUGGCCCUGUGUGACUCUGAGUCCUGGGAACCUUGCAUCCAUCAUCUCUGGAUCCACCCAGGACAGUGGUGUCUGAAGCCCAGGCCAUACCACCUGCCUCCUUCUGCUUACCCAGGGUUCUAGAGUUGAGCUUGUCAUUUCUCCAGAAACAUGUGAAGAUGCCCAAGGACCUGGAGGCACUGCUGUCCUUCCUGAAGAAAUAGUUAUUUUCUCCUCCUCUCCUCACGGCGUUAUGGCCAGUUGCUCUUCAUGUGAGCCCCUGGCAUUUGCUGGGACAAGCACUGGCCUGGGACUUGCUGUUAGGGAAGGAAGGGGCAAAAGGAAGACCCAGGCAGUAAUCUAUGGAUUCACCUGGGUAGCUCGAAGCCGGCCAGGCUAAAUAUGCAGUAAGUUCCUGGAUGGUCUACCCUAGCCUUGAGCAAAGGGAGAAUGAGCCUCCGCCCAUGUGGCAGGAAAAGUUGAUCUUUAAUAAACAAAGGAAGACUGAACUGAGACCCCA